AUGGGCGUAGGAAAGACGCAAGUUCAAUCUAUAGCAAGAGACAGAAAAAGCAUUAGACGGCAAUGGGAGACUUGCCGGAGUGGCCCUAAACAGAAGUAUCAGAGUAGGAAGGUGCAGUAUGACGACAUUGACCAUGCUGUCUGGAAGUGGCUUGUUGAGACUCGUUCAAGGAACAUUCCCGUUAGCGGUCGCUUGAUACAAGAAAGAGCACUCGUCUACGCUGAACAGCUGGGUCAUAGUGCAUUUUUUGGUUCCAAUGGCUGGUUAGAGAAGUGGAUGAUUAGACACAACGUACGCUUGUCGUGCUUGUCUGGUGAAGCCGCUGAUGUAGAUGCCAGUGUAGUUGACCACUGGUCCCGCCCAUUGCAAUCUCUAUGGGAGGGCUAUGAGCUGAGGGACAUAUUUAACGCCGAUGAAACGGGUCUGUUCUACAGAGCUUUGCCCUCCAGAUCCAUGGUUGUGAAGGGCGAUGAAGCUAAAGGAAGUAAGACGGCUAAAGAGAGAAUAACUGCUUUACUUGCACGCUCUGCUGUGGGUGAAAACUUGACACCUCUUGUAAUUGGACGCUCAGCAAAUCCACGCUGUUUCAGAGGAGUGACAGCUUGUUUUCCUGUGACUUAUGCAGCAAAAAAAAGCGUGGAUGACAAGUGA